AUGGGUAAAAGUCACGGUUUAAGAUCAAGAACUCGUUACGCAUUCAGUCGUGACUACAAGAAGCAUGGUGGACUUCCAAUGUCCACCUACUUGAAGGUCUACAGAGUUGGUGAUAUCGUUGAUAUCAAGGUGAACGGUUCUAUCCAAAAGGGUAUGCCAUUCAAGUUCUAUCACGGCAGAACCGGUAUUGUGUACAAUGUCACAAAGUCCGCUGUUGGAAUUAUUGUUAACAAGAUUGUUGGUAACAGAUAUCUCGAAAAGAGAAUCAACGUCAAGAUUGAGCAUGUUAAGCACUCCAAAUGUAGAGCUGAGUUUUUGGAGAGAGUCAAGGAGAAUGCUGCUAAGAGAAUCGAGGCUAAGACUGCCGGAAAAACCGUUCAGCUUAAGAGAAAACCUGCUCCACCAAGAGGUUCUAAGGUUGUCACGGGUGUUCCAACCACUUUGGCUCCUGUUGCUUACGAGACCUACAUUUAA